AUGAGUCAGCAUUAUCCACCACCACAGCAGUAUUAUCCUCCUCCCUACGCUCAAUCUCCACCCUACGCUCAAGUUCAAGAUAGCGAAUAUGCAAAUCCCUACGCUCAAGGUCCUUAUAAUCAAGGGCCCGUUCAUAGUGUAGUGGCAGAAAAAUGGAAUAAAAAACCUUCGUAUCAAGAUUUAUGGGCCGUAAUAUUAUUUCUUGUUCAUUUGGCCGCUUUUGGGGUUUUUAGCUAUAUAGGGCUUAAAGA